GAGAGAAUUGUUUGAGAGAGAGAGAGAGAAAGAUUGCUUUGUUUGAUCCGCUGGAAGAUGAGGAAGGGCAGCAGGUUUUGAUAGAAAGAGUGGCCUCUUCCCUUUCCUCAUCAUCCUAACCAUAAACAAUCUCAAAAUCAAUUCACAUAUAUUGAUUUCAUCUGCAAUGCAACAUCAUUUUUCUGAUGAUCUUCUCAUGAUUAGAUAUUGAAGAGAGAGAGAGUGAGAGGGGCCUUUGGUUGUAAAGCUACAUUCAACAUGGCCACACCACAACCCAAGAGAUUAUAUAAAGUUUGGAAGGGAAGCAAUAGGUUCUUCUGUGGCGGGAGAUUGAUAUUCGGUCCAGAUGUAUCAUCCUUAUUUCUAUCUAUGGUCCUUAUAGGUGGGCCAUCAAUAGCAUUUUGUUCACAAGUUGCUUCAAGGCUGAAAGAACAGGAUAAAUUUCUCAAUUUUCCCGUCUUGGCUGUGGCUGUGAUCCUCACUGUAUUGGAUUUGCUUUUCCUCUUCUUAACAUCCAGUAGAGAUCCAGGUAUAGUGCCCAGGAACAAAGGACCAUCCGAGCCACUAGAAUCAUUUGAUAGAGCAACUCCAUCUAUGGAAUGGAUCCAUGGGAGAACACCCCAUUUAAGAUUACCACGAACAAAAGAAGUUCUUGUAAAUGACACCGUGGUGAAAGUGAAAUACUGUGAGACAUGCCUUCUAUAUCGUCUGCCCCGCGCUUCUCAUUGCUCAAUCUGCAACAACUGUGUUCGGAGGUUUGAUCACCACUGUCCGUGGGUCGGUCAGUGCAUUGGAUUGCGUAACUAUCGAUUCUUCUUCUUAUUCAUAUCCACAUCGACUUUGCUGUGCAUCUAUGUUUUCACCCUCUCUGCUUUGAAUAUUCUCAACCAAAAGAAAGACGGACAGUCCCUACCGGAUACAAUGUCGAAAGAGGUCAUAUCAGUUGUGCUCGUUGUGUACUGUUUCAUAGCAGUCUGGUUUGUUGGCGGUCUCACCGUUUUCCAUCUCUAUCUAAUCAGUACAAAUCAGACGACAUAUGAGAACUUUCGCUACCGAUAUGAUAAAAAGGAGAAUCCAUAUGACAGAGGGAUACUGAGAAACUUCAUGUACUUGUUUUUCUCAAGGAUCCCACCUUCAAUGAAUGAUUUCCGAGCAUGGGUAUUGGAAGAUUUUGUGGACGUUAGUGUUACCUCAAAAACUGGAGGAGAUGUCUUCAUUAGUCCUAUAAAGGAGAGAGACGAUAUCGAACUGGGCAGUAAAGCUGGGGCUGGAGGCGACAUGCCAAUUCCGAUUAUAUUGCAAAACUUGGAUUACAGUGGUAUCGAUGAUGACUUGAGGGGCAGGGAAAUGAAUCAGGAAGAUGUUUUUGAUCCAUUUUUCUUUCCCAUCAAUCAAGAUCUGGGAGACCCAUCUGAUCAGGGCCGCACAACAAUAGAUGAGACCGUUGUGGACGAGAAGAAAACCAGUGAAGGAAGCGGGUCCGAAGAAACAACGACUCCUGUCGAUCUUGAUCAACACAUUAUUCAACUAUAACAAGCUCUGGCUUUGAUCUGUCUUACCAACACGCGUCUAUCAAAACGCAUUGAAGAAUCUUUCCGUUUGUCAAGCAGACUUUUUACGGUGGAUUCGGGAAGCUUCAAGUGGGUCCCAAAAGCAUGUUGAAGUUGAAAGAUAAGCUCAUUGUUGUUAUUUAUACUGAAAAAAGGAAAAAUAAAAAUAAAAUCAUAUAUUCAAAUCCA